AGCUUUCAAGAAGAGAGUCUUGUGGGAUCUGAUAUUGACUACGAGCCCGUGCCCGGUUAAUCCCAACCAAGAUGUAGUGGGGGGGUGCGCCUAGAGCCCGAGGGAGACGAGGUCGGGGCAGGGGCGCAAGAGCAAGCACCAGCACCAGCCGAGAGCGGGGAGAAUGCGGCCGUGGGAGAGGGAGAGGAAGCGGUCGGGCUAGAGGUCGUGGCCGUCUGCUCGUUGACCUGUCACGGGAGGACUUCCUAAGGGUUGAAGAGCUUCAUAAACAGAGGAUGGCAAUUGAGGAGGAUAGGAUAAAGAGACUGACAUUAGAUGACUGCCAACAGCUUCUACAAAGAUGCCUCACUCGUGAACCUAGUCUCAUCUUUGACCUCAUGAGUCUCACCCCUGAUCCCCCUCCACCAGGACCUCCUCAUCCACAGGCACCCAGCUGGUGUGUCUGUAGAAACUGCAGAAAUAUGCCAACAUUGCUGGAACAGAAAUGCUGUCAACAACAACCACAAAACUGCACAUCACUAUUGCCACACGUGGAGCUAUACAUCUUGCAGGAAGGUGUGCUAAGACUGGCCAGGCGAAUCUGGAAUGACCUAAGGGCAGAGGUGGACAUCCAGCAAAUGGGAGAAAGUCACAGACAGUUUCGUUAUGCUGCAUAUAGGAACUUUGUUGUCUGGCAAUAUGGUGUUCUGGGACCAGGACAUAGAAUUGUUAUAGCUUCAUGCUGUGUGUGGAAAAUUAGAGAUCGUUUCCCGGAUCCUAAUGGCAAUUAUGUAGGCUUUAUUCCGGCCAGAGUGUAAAUCUUUUUUGUACUUACAAUAAAUCUUCCAA